AUGGAACAGCAACGACACGAGCAAAAGGUGCUGACCAACAUCAAGCUGCGCGGGGCGCGGAGGCGUCGAUGGGCUGAGAGGCUAUUGCUACGGUAUCGCAGCAAUGGUGUCAGCGUAGUCACGCCUCCAGAGAAUGCCAUCAGAGUUAUCUGCAUUUCAGACACGCACAACACCCAGCCGGCCGUUCCCAAGGGAGAUAUUCUCAUCCACGCCGGCGACCUGACCGAGAAUGGGUCCUUUGAUGAAGUGCAGCAAGGACUGAACUGGCUCUCAUCACAGCCGCACAGAUACAAGAUUCUUGUUGCGGGCAAUCACGACGUUCUUCUGGAUGAAGAAUUCUUAGAAAAGUACCCCGAACGACGGUACGGAGAGACGAAAGGGAGAUGCGACCUGGACUGGGGCGAUAUAAUCUACCUUGAGAACAAGCAAGUCACACUCGAUGUCCCAGUCAAGCUUAUUCAACAUUCGUCGCGGAUGGAAACAUCCAGCGAGAAUGAGGUCCGGCGGAUUACUAUCUUCGGCAGUCCUCUCACUCCUCAGUACGGUAUAUCCGCCUUCCAAUAUCGUCCGGACAGCGCAGAAAACACCUGGGAGAGGAUUCUUGGGUCUACUUCGCCCAAGCCCGACAUAAUCAUCACACACGGCCCGCCACGGCUACAUCUCGAUGCUCGAGACUUCCACCGCGCGGGUUGUCCGCACCUAGCGGAGCACAUAGCCCGUAUACGUCCUCGGCUGCACGUAUUCGGACAUAUCCAUGCUUGUUGCGGACGCGAAGACAUUGUCCUCGACAGGGUUCAACGAUAUUAUGAAGAUGUCAUGAAUCAGUGGGCAGGAUGGGGAGCCGUGCUGAGCUUGGCCUGGCUGGUAGCGUGGGAUCUAGUUGCGAGGGUGUUGCUUCGAGUCAGAAGGGACAGGGGGCCCAUAACGGCGUUUAUCAACGCGUCGAUCGUGGGUGGCCCGCAAAACGAAAUCAGGAAUAGGCCGGUCGAAAUUGAGAUAUAG